UAUAAACAUUCAGACAUACAAACCAACAAAUAGCAUGCACAACAGAAUUCAUCGCAAUUUUUGUCUACCAUUCACAAGAUAUUGGUCAACACAAAACUGUUGGAAAAGUAAUUUAUUCACCAACCCAAGAUUUUGCAGAGGGGGAUUAAACCUGGAAUUACAUGGAUUUGAAGCAAUUUUUUUAACAAACAGUAAUGUCUUGUGAAAUAACAGCUGUCCUUAUUGUAACUGUUUUAGAUUGAUUAGAUGGUAGUUGUUUUUUUUCCUGGUUAACUCCAUGCUUUUGCAGUGUUUCUUACCUCUUAAGAUGAUACAGUGUGAUUCGAGGAACAUUUGGUUGCAAUUACAUGCUGAUUCCUUGAUUUGUCUCUUUUGUUCCCUGAUAAUUAGUUGUUAGGAUCCUACAGUGUGGAUUGGUGGUAAAUUCAGUUACUUUCAUAUUGGAUGGAGGUGUGGAUUCAGUGUCUACUGUUCAGAAAGACAGAAUACCUCAGCCUCCCGAAUCAGUCCAGAUGAUGUGUGAGGAGUGAGAAAGCAGCAAAUUGGGUUAAUGUUCAUCAGAACAAUGACUUCAGAGAAAGAAUAUUUAAGAUGGCUCUCUUCCAAAAUACAGUAUGAAAGGUGAUUAAAAUGAUUCAUGGUGUUUGAAUGAAUUCAAAUAAUAUUAAAGUAAUUCUUUGCAGUGUUCUUAUACCAACAAUAGUCCUGCUUUGUAUGUUAUGCAUCAUAGUUACCAGACACAGGUACAAGAAAUCCAAAUCAAAUGUGAAAUCUGAAGAAAUGACCGAGAAGAGUACCACAAGGACCUGUUUACCAGAGGAGAUAGAAUCACAACCAAAUAAAACCUUGAAACAGCAAGCAGCAUGGAUAUUGCCCCCAAAUAAUGCACAUUCAAUUAGAAAUAAUCCUUGCAUGAUGGAAAGGGAAUUGCAUUCCACUGAUGUAUAUUCAAUUGCAAAAGGUUUAUAUAUGGUUGAUGAUAAUGUUGAAGAAUAUAUGUAUAUGGCUAAAAAUGAUAUAUAUUCAAAUGUAAAUGAUAUAUAUGAAAAUGGCUCAGAUACUGUUCACAGUGAUUUAUGUUUCACUGAGAAUGAAGGAUAUUAUGUAAUUUUAUCAGCUGAAAAUUAUUUGUGCUCUGGUAAAAAUGGCAUGUAUAUUGAUAUGGAAUCUUGCCAUAAGUGAUUAAUAUAAAUUAAUUGAAAGUGUUUUCUUCUAAAAAUUCAAUCUAAUUAUAUCUACAGAAAAAAGAUACUUAAAAACAAACCUCAAUGUCAACACUUCAAAAACCUAAUAGAAUAUUUGAAAUAUGUUUUCACUGAAA